UGGGGUGCGGUUCCGGGUCGCGGCGCGGCUCAGGGCAACAGGGCUGCUGCUUGGCCGGCCGGCGGCGGCGGCGGCGGCGGGCAGCGAGGGUAUGAGGGCGAGCCUGGAAAGCGGCAGCUGAGCGGGCCGGGAGAAGCGCCAGUCCCCGAGGAUUCUGAGAGUGCGGAGCUCGGAGCAGGGCCCGGGAGGCGCGGGGGAACGUGUCCCGGGGCCGCCCCGGCCCAUAGUGUGGCAGCAGCUUCAGCUCAAAGAUUAGAACGACUCCGAAAAGAGAGACAAAACCAGAUCAAAUGCAAAAAUAUUCAGUGGAAAGAAAGAAAUUCUAAGCAAUCAGCCCAGGAGUUAAAGUCAUUGUUUGAAAAAAAGUCCCUCAAAGAGAAACCUUCAAGUUCUGGAAAGCAGUCCAUAUUAUCUGUGCGCCUGGAGCAGUGCCCUCUGCAGCUGAAUAAUCCCUUUAAUGAGUAUUCCAAAUUUGAUGGCAAGGGUCAUGUAGGCACAACAGCAACCAAGAAGAUCGACGUCUACCUCCCCCUGCACUCAAGCCAGGACAGACUGCUGCCAAUGACCGUGGUGACAAUGGCCAGCGCCAGGGUGCAGGACCUGAUCGGGCUCAUCUGUUGGCAGUACACAAGCGAAGGACGGGAGCCGAAGCUCAAUGACAAUGUUAGUGCCUACUGCCUGCAUAUCGCUGAGGAUGACGGGGAGGUUGACACAGAUUUCCCCCCGCUGGAUUCCAACGAGCCCAUUCAUAAGUUCGGCUUCAGCACUUUGGCCCUGGUUGAAAAAUAUUCAUCUCCAGGUCUGACAUCCAAAGAGUCACUCUUUGUUCGAAUAAAUGCUGCUCAUGGAUUCUCCCUUAUUCAGGUGGACAACACAAAGGUCACCAUGAAAGAAAUCUUGCUAAAGGCAGUGAAGCGAAGAAAAGGAUCCCAGAAAAUUUCAGGCCCUCAGUACCGCCUGGAGAAGCAGAGCGAGCCCAAUGUCGCCGUGGACCUGGAGAGCACUUUGGAGAGCCAGAGCGCCUGGGAGUUCUGCCUGGUCCGCGAGAACAGUUCAAGGGCAGACGGGGUUUUUGAGGAGGAUUCGCAAAUUGACAUAGCUACAGUGCAGGAUAUGCUUAGCAGCCACCAUUACAAGUCUUUCAAAGUCAGCAUGAUCCACAGACUACGAUUCACAACCGAUGUUCAGUUAGGUAUCUCUGGAGACAAAGUAGAGAUAGACCCUGUUACGAAUCAGAAAGCCAGCACUAAGUUUUGGAUUAAGCAGAAACCCAUCUCAAUCGAUUCUGACCUGCUCUGUGCCUGUGACCUUGCUGAAGAAAAAAGCCCUAGUCACGCAAUAUUUAAACUCACGUAUCUAAGCAAUCACGACUAUAAACACCUCUACUUUGAAUCUGACGCUGCUACCGUCAAUGAAAUCGUGCUCAAGAUGAAGAGAUCGAGGCCCAAGGCCACAGAGCGCGUGAGGGCAGAGCCUCAACUGGAACCGAGCCCUGAGGAAUUCCAGACCUACCCCUCCCACCCCAGAAGUCAUUGAGCUAAGCCGUGUGUGGUCCCUAAUUCUGCAGGCUCUGCGAUGACUCUCGGAGGAAUCAUUGGUCUCUUCAAUCGAGUUCUUCUCGUGAUCGAGUGAUGGAGGCUGUAGCUUUAUUGACCAUGAAAACUCCCUAUAUUUUUAUGCCUUAAGCUGUAAAAUGCAUUGAAAGUGAAACCUCUAUAGUGCAUAAAAUUGUGCAAGUUUUAAGCCAUAGCAUAUUAACCAGCUAAUGGCAGACCAAAGGGCGUUUUUACCUUUUGAUUAUUACGUUAAUCUUCCAUUAAAAUUAUCUAUGUGAUUAUCACAAAGGACUGAAGAUAAUAAAUUUAGGGAAUAGUUGGCUUGUUAAGGAUCAUUUUAAAAUGCUUUUGUCAAGUUAUAUGUGCCAAAAAUAUACUGAAAACACUGGGUUGGCUGAGUGUGCAAACACUGUAAUCCAGAGAUCGCUCUUGCUAAGAACAGUGAGACCGCCUAUUUCCCUGCAGUGUCUGUGCUGUCCCAAAUCGUCAGUGGCCCACGGUCUCAUGAUUUAUUGCUCUCAGCUGGUCACUUGGCGAGGCAGUGGGCCGAGCAUGUCAGGCCUUCUGUCCUCACACACCAUCCUCUCACGCCUGCUGCCGGUGACCAUCAGAGCAGAAAGUUCGGAGGGACACGGCGUUGGGGCCUCGGCACCCUGGCAGGCGCUGUCCCGGCUGCCACCCCGUGCCUCGGGCUCUUUCUCAGUUAGCAGAGGCCUCCCCACUCCUCCGGGCGCAGCACAUGGCCCACAGAGUAGAAUCGGCAGAGGUGGUGGCUGGUUUCACUCGCCAAAAAUGCUGGGGUUUCUAGUCAUAACUUUUAGAUAUUUGAGAGUAAAGAGAGAUGGUGUUUGUUCACAAAAAGCCC